AAAUUAAUCAUUAAAAUGAUAUUUCAGUUAUUACCUCCAGAUCGUCAAAAAGGAUUAAAAUCAUUAUUGAAAGAAUAUUACAAAUCAUUAUGUAAGCACUUGGUUAGAGACCAUAAAAAUUUACAAACAAUGGAAAGACAAAAUAGAAGAAUUCUUCAGACAAAAGGUGAACUUAAUAUGGAAAGAAAAGAAAAAUAUGAAGCAUCUCAAAUAGCUUUUCAGAAAUUGUUAUCAAAUACUCAACAGUUUGCAGAUAUUGUAGAUGAAGAUUUACCUGAACUUCCAAAAGAUGAACUUGCCUAUCCUGAUGCUGAAAUUACAAAUUUGGAUGUACAUAAUCGUUUCAAAGAUGGUGAGUAAGACAAAUCUACUUCUCGUUGGCCAGAUGAAGAUACAAGAAGCUUUUAUGAAAACCUACCUGAUUUAAAAGCAUUUAUUCCUGGUAUCCUUUUCAAAGAUAGUGCUCAGACAAUUCAAAACCAACAAAGUGAUAUACAAAAUGAAAACAACAUAGAAGAAGAUAUUGCUAAACUGGAAAUAGAAGAGGUUGAAUUAUUAGAAACAGAAGAAGAGAAGUUGGAAGAAAAGAUAGAAAUUCCAGCAAAACCAGAUGAAAGUGAUCUUACAGAAGCAUUAAUGCAUGAAAUGGAAGAACCUGAAGAGGAAGGAAGUUCUGUUGCAAGUACAACUAAUCGAUUAUUGUUAGAUGGGUAUUUAGCAACAUUAUUAAAUUGUGUCAAUAGAGAAAUGAUAGAUCAGGCAGCUGUAGAUUUUUGUAUGAAUUUGAAUACAAAACCAAAUCGAAGAAAAUUAGUAAGAGCAUUAUUUCUUGUACCAAGGACAAGGCUAGAUCUACUUCCAUUUUAUGCCCGUUUUGUAGCUAUUCUUUAUCCAUGUAUGCCAGAUGUUGCAAACGAUUUAGUUGCUAUGCUAAAACAAGAUUUUAAGUUUCAUAUCAAGAAAAAAGAUCAGAUUAAUAUUGAGUCUAAAGUAAAAACAGUGAGAUUUAUUGGGGAAUUGGUUAAGUUCAAAAUGUUUUCAAAAUCAGAUGCUUUAUGUUGUUUAAAAAUGUUGUUGUUUGAAUUUACUCAUCAUCACAUAGAAAUGGCUUGUAAUUUAUUAGAAACAUGUGGCAGAUUUCUGUUUCGUGCACCUGAAUCCCACCAACGAACAAAAGUGUACUUGGAACAAAUGAUGAGAAAGAAAGCUGUGAUGCCUUUGGAUGGUCGUUAUACUACAAUGAUUGAAAAUGCAUUUUAUUAUUGUAAUCCUCCUGAAAGCCCUGUUACAGUUAAAAUUGAACGUCCUCCAAUACAUGAAUAUAUUCGGAAAUUGUUGUAUAAAGAUCUCUCCAAAAACAACACAGAAAAAAUAUUACGUCAGAUGCGCAAACUGAAUUGGGAAGACCCAGAUAUAAGUUCAUAUGCUGCAAAAUGCCUUACUGCCAUUUGGAAUGUGAAAUAUUAUAAUAUCCGAUGUGUAGCGAAUCUUCUAGCAGGUUUAGUAGCUUAUCAAGAAAUUGUUGGCCCACAAGUAGUAGAUGGCGUAUUAGAAGAUAUUCGACUGGGAAUGGAGAUUAAUCAUCCAAAAUAUCAUCAGCGUAGAGUCAGCAUGAUUAGAUACUUAGGCGAAUUGUAUAAUUAUCGUAUGGUUGAAUCUGCUGUUAUUUUUAGGAUACUAUAUUUAUGUAUUACUUUUGCUGUUCCAUAUGAUGGUUCUUAUUCUGAACUGGAUCCUCCUGAUAACUUGUUUCGAAUUCGUCUUGUCUGCAUUUUAUUAGAUACGUGUGGUCAGUAUUUUAACAGUGGUUCAAGUAAAAAAAAGUUAGAUUGCUUUCUUGUAUUUUUUCAGUAUUACUUUUGGUAUAAAAAAUCAAGUGAAGUUUUUAAUGAAGAAUAUCCUUUUCCUGUUACUGUGGAAUUUAUGGUGAAAGAUACCAUUUCAAUAUUACGUCCAAAAUUAAAAAUAUAUGAAAGUUUUGAAGAGGCACAACAAGCUGUUCAAGAGUUGAUGAAUGAGUACAAAACAAAAAUAGAUGAGUUAUAUCCAAGUACACAACAAAUGGAAUCAGAAAAUAUGCAGUCAAAAGAAGGGUCCCUUGGUCCUAUUCAAGAAAUCGAUGGUACUCUUUAA